UGCCCCAGGCUUCAGCCACCCUUGUGGCUGUUCUAGCGCUUCGUCAUACGGUCCCUGGGACGAAACCCGCAAGACGUCUUGACCAAACGGUCGAGCAUCUGUCACCUCAAGGCUGCCACUUUGGGCCUCUCGAACCUCAGGAACAUGCAAACGUCAUCAUAGACGGCGGAAUUCACCAACCGCGACCCUAGUUGAGCCCUCAACCACCACGGGAGCGACCAUUGGGAGAGCUUCCGACACACCGGAUUCAUACCGGAACACCGCCAAAGAAGAUGAACGGCCCCUCGAGCCCACGGCCUGCGCGGCCCAUGAGCAUCAAGGAGAUCACCGAUGCAGCAGAGGACUUUGAAUUCAGGACGACGAUUCCCUUCAAGUAUUGGGCGCGCUCUGCCGACACCCUAUUUCAAGAGGCCACGUUCGCGCUGCAAGACCGCGAUGUUCGAAAGGCAUAUCAGAUGCUGUGGCGACACUCGAUCCUCGUACUACAACAUCUCAAGACACACCCCGACGCCAAACUGCCCGAGAACAAGGCCCUGACGAAGCCGCUCUUCAACCGCCAGCAGAAGGAGGUGUUUGCGCUGUUGGAGGGGUUGAAGCCGCAAAUCGAUCGCGACUAUAAUGAGUGGAGGUUGAUGACUGCGUCCAGGAAGAAGGCCGACGAUGAAACCGCAAAGAGACCCUCGAGCUACGACGAGUUCGCCGCCCGAGACCCGACCCUGUCCGGCAAUGCGAAGAUCCUGGACGCCGCCGACAACCAGGAACUGGCCGUCUCCCUGGCGCAAAGGGACUUCAAACGCCGGGAUGCUGCGAGAAAAGCAACUCGACAAGCAGGUGUCUCGGAAGAAGAGGAGCAAGAGCGCCGGAAGGGUGGUCGCUGGGAGGACUGGGAGCAGUUCGGUGGCCCAGCGACAGCAGCGACAGUGGCGACAGAUGAUGAUGAGAUAAGGAGACAGAUCGAGGCAACGCGGCGCCGGCUCGACGGCACAGAUCAAGGACGAGAUGACGCGAGCGCCAGAUACUCGCAGGCCAGCUACCGGAGCUCGGUACCCCCACCGAGAGCGCCGCCCAGCCAUUCGUACAAUUACCCAUCCAUUUCGAGACCGAGAGCGGUGGAAUGGGAGGCGACGCCGUUGGAACCGCAGCGCGCAUACAUGCCGCAGCCGCCUCAACCGCCGAAGCCACCGAAGGAAGACUUUACGACACUACGACAGGAGCUCGACGCGGCGCCUCCGAUGCGGCCCGGCAAAGAUCCUCUGCCCUCGUACGAGUCAGCGUCAGCUGGCAUGCUGCGACAGGAUGUUCCCGAACUGCCAGCCAAGGAGGAGGUUGUCGCACCUUCAGCCAAGGAGCGCCUGACGUUCCGCCCGGCAGCCUAUCUCGAGAACGGCGACCCGAUCCGACCCGUAUUCCUCCCGACGCAGCUCAAGGACAGAUUUCUCAGCAUCGCUUCGGAGAACACCCGCAAGGGUCUGGAGAUGUGCGGCAUCCUCUGUGGGCGGCCGGUUAAUAAUGCGCUGUUCAUCAGCUGCCUUCUCAUCCCGGAGCAGAAGAGCACGCCCGACACGUGCGAGACGGAGAACGAGUCCACGAUGCUCGACUACUGCAUCAACGAGGAUCUCUUGAUGGUGGGAUGGAUUCACACACACCCGACGCAGACGUGCUUCAUGAGCUCGCGCGACCUUCACACGCAGGCCGGUUACCAGGUCAUGAUGCCCGAGAGCAUAGCCAUCGUUUGUUCUCCACGGCACCAGCCCUCAUUUGGCAUCUUCCGCCUCACCAACCCCCCCGGACUCAAUCACAUCCUGCAAUGCACCAGGUCGGAAACGUUCCACCAGCACUCCAUUGACAACCUCUACACGCAGGCGCAGAAUCCGCCAGGCCACGUUUACCACUCGGACAAGCUCGACUUUUACGUAAAGGACUUGCGUCCUAACCAGUAGGACCGGAACGGGUACGACAGCGGCAGCAGUGCAGGCUACGCGUGGAGAGGAUGAAUCAAUUAUAUGCUAGCAACGUGGCUUGACAGAGGGAGGGUUUUCGGUGCUAUGCGGCUCAAGAAUGAAUCUUGAGACGCCGUUUUGCUUGAUUUUUGCAUGGCGAGGGCGUUCAACAGCGGGGGAUUGCUGUAGGUCUGGGAGAUGCUCGGCGAGCGUCUCAACCGGCGCGGACGAGUUAAUUGAGAAUCUGAGAGAUUUUGUCCGUAAAGAGAAGAGCCCUCCGAUGGCGGCUGAACAAAUCAUGCGACAGCUCACUGUGGUUCUCAAUCUCAUGAUGGUGUCGUAUCCGUCGGGUCGAUUGUGAGUCCAGAACGAGCCAUCUCAACGGGGACGAGGAGAAAUCGGCGAUCCAACGAUGUCUCAUUGAGCUGCCGAGUCCCGCAGAGUUUUCUCGCAAAAGAAAACGGACUGUUUGGUGUGUGUGGCCAGCAGGGCCAGAGCGUGUCCUGCGUUGACCAUCCCAUUGUUU